CUUUCUAAGAAACGUAUGGUUUCCUGUGGCAUUGCUGAUCUUGAACAUCUAAGUUUUACAUUCCCAGAAGUGCUAACCCCAUUUUAAUCUCCAUCGAUUUCAUGUCUUAACAAAAAACAUCUUAUUCGUACGCGUCCUAGACUACACAUCAAGGUAGUUAGUCUGAAAGAAGUCGUCAAAAAUGUCCGAACCCACUGUCGCCGACACUCGCCGGUUAAACUCCAAACCGCAGGACCUUACGGACGCUUACGGGCCUCCUAGCAACUUUCUGGAAAUCGACGUGUACGACCCGCAGACUAUAGGAGUUGGACGCAAUCGGUUCACCACUUACGAAGUUCGGAUGAGGACGAAUCUUCCCAUUUUCAAGCUGAAGGAUUCAUGUGUACGGCGAAGAUACAGCGAUUUCGAAUGGCUGAAAAAUGAGCUGGAAAGGGACAGCAAGAUUGUUGUGCCUCCAUUGCCUGGAAAGGCUUUAAAGAGACAGCUCCCCUUUCGUGGUGAUGAAGGCAUUUUUGAAGAUUCCUUCAUAGAGGAGAGACGAUCUGGACUUGAACAGUUUAUCAACAGAAUUGCAGGCCAUCCUUUGGCCCAGAACGAACGCUGUCUUCACAUGUUCCUGCAGGAUGAAAGUAUUGACCGGAACUACAUUCCUGGAAAAGUGUGAAUGAAGUAAGUUUAGUUUUUUACUCUCAGUAUCAUGAUGUUGUAAACCGACGUGGCGAAAACCAUGUUUGCAUGAUUGCUCAUCACUCCAAUCAAAUUGUACUGUGGGCAGUCACAAGGUCAUACUUACAAAAUCCAUUUUAACAUCGUCUUUCAUUCUAUUUCUUUGCUAAUAUUCUUUUGCAUUUGCUUGUUACUUCCUUACCAGUCAAAAUCUACUUAUAUUUUGUCUGCAUGUCUUGAUUGCAUGAUUUGUGUUGUAAAGUCUGGUUUAACAAGUCAGUGGGUUUCAUAAAAAUUGUAUCACAUUUUGACGUUUUUUUGUGUAAAUCAAGUUAUUCCUUGUUAUCUAUUGUGGGGGUCAAAAAUAAAAGAGACUACAUAACCGAUCAACCAAAUCAACACUGUUCAAAUUAUGGCAUUAAUAAUUGAAACAUUCCUGAGUGUAUUUGUAAUGUUCUGUCAAGAUCUCUUGACAGUUUUGUUUAAUGUCUCUUGGUUUGUUAUCCAAAGGUUUCGUAAAGGUUCCCUGUCCUGGAUCCAUCAGCUCUACCAGCUUUUUUCCUGCACAUCAAUCAGAGCCUUUACAGCUGCUGUCUAUAUUAUCUGUAUAUAUAUAUAUUUCUAAUCUCAGACAUAGCUUGACUAUAACACCUAUUUACCCAGAAGACAUCUGUAUGCUGUAUUUAUACCUCACAGCCUCCGUUUUUGUGACAAACAUGCUUUAUUGGUUGACCAAAGCAAAUCUAAAACAUUCCUUUUAGUUAUUUCGCUGCUUUCAACAAUGAACCACACUUUUUAUGUAACUAUUAGACAGCUGGUAAGGUUUUCCACAACUUAUUCUUUUUUUCACGAUACGAAAAAGCCUGAUACUAAAAACAUUGAAAGCAUUUUAUGAAUUAAAACUGAACCCCAUUUGACCAACCCCAUCUUAUUGAUCAUUCUAACUCUUAAAAUGUAGCGCUUCAGAGUGAGCUGAAACUGGGAACCUCUGCAAUGUCUUCCUUUUUCACAUUCCAUGUCUCAUAUUUAUUCUAAAUGACUAAAUAUGUGUUAGAAGAACACUUUUGAAUCACUGUAUUUCUUUUUGCAUAGUGUCUGUGUAAUGAGAAUGUACAUAUUCAAUCACUGUGAAAAAGAUUUUUGUUAGGUCAAACUACUGUUGUCAUACAAGUCAUCUCCCUUCAAAUUUGUUCAUGUUCUUUUCUUUCUUUUUAUCAGUUAUUUUCAGGACCUUGAAAAAGAUAAUGGCACUCGUUGAUUUUUAAAUGGCUAGCCAUCCUUUCUAACCAUUAAUAAACCAUCUCUCUCUCCUUUA